AUGUUUGACUUCCUCCUCCUGGAGAUUGGGUUGAAGACGUUGGCCGACAGCCAUCGGGAUGUGUUUUUCAUCAUCGCCCUUCGCAUGAUCCGGCUUGUGGCGUUCGGGGCCACCGCUCUUAUCUUUGCUAUCUACCUCAAGACCAUCGGCAUCGAUGAGCGCUACAUUGGGUUGUUUAUGACGUUGACCUUCGUGGGUGAUUUGAUUUUGAGUUUCUACUUGGCGCUCAUUGCUGAUAAAGUCGGUCGGAGAGUGGUGAUCUUACUUAGCUCGCUCCUUAUUAUCGUUACCGGCUUGGUGUUUGCGUGGACGGAAAAUAUCUACAUUCUUGCUACUGUCGCCUUCUUCGGGGUGUUGACUCCUAGUGGAGGUGAAGUGGGGGCGUUCAGAUCGAUUGAACAAAGCGCUAUUGCCCUGCUUAGCCCCCCAGAUCACCGUUCUGAUGUAUACGCGUGGUACAACUUCAGCGGGGCGUUUUGUCAAGCGUUUGGGGCUCAGCUCUCAGGCUGGGUAGUUGAUUGGAUGCAAGACAAGUAUGACUUCACUUUAGUUGAGUCCUACAAGUCCGUGUGGGUGGGCUACGCAGCUGUGGGUGCGUUGAUGGCAGUACUCUCAUUCAGUAUGUCGUCUCAAGUGGAAUCGGAAGCUUCGAGACAAGUGACGCCUGAUCCUGCUGCCGAUGAACAAACGCCUUUGGUGGCUCCGACCGCUGAGGAACCUAACCGCUCGCGGAACAACUCGCUCUGGCGCAAGUUUUUGCCCGAGCUUCACCACCGCGUAUUCGGGAUUGUUGUCAAAUUACUGUUGCUUUUUGGGCUUGACGCAUUUGCCUCUUCGCUUGUCCCUUUGCUGUGGUUGUCGUACUUCAUCAAGCAUAAGUUUGGUAUUCCCCCGUCAUACUUGGGGCUGGUGUUUUUCACUACUGGAGUGAUUGCAGCCUUCACGUCAUUGCUUAGUACAUCAUUCACCAAGAGAUUCGGACCGGUGCUCACUAUGGUAGGUACCCACUUGCCAAGUUCAAUUUUGCUCGGGGUUAUUCCCUUCCCGGAUUCCUUUAAAGUGACACUUGCAAUUCUCUUUUUGAGAGCACUGACUCAACUGAUGGACGUAGCCCCGAAGCACGUUUUCUUGGCUGCCAUCGUUCCCAAUGAUGAUCGCACUGCGGUGUUUGCGUUCACAAAUGUGGUGAAGACUCUUGCCCAUAUCCCGGGUCCCAUGGUCGUUGGGUUUUUGACGAAAUCGGGAGCUCAAUGGAUCACGUUCUGUGUGGCCUCGGUCCUCAAAGUAACCUACGACUUGGGCAUUUUGGCGACGUUCCUCGGGGUAGACUCGAAUUGA